UUUGGUGUUAGAAAUAGCAGCUCACUCUAGGGCCGACUGUCAGGUCUGUGCUUCUGCUAAAAUCAUUGUUUACAUGCUGUAAAUGUUGCAUUUACUCUCUUGUUAUUCCUGUUCUUUAACUCUUCUCUGUGCUGUUCUUCUAACCUCAUUUUCUCAUGUCUCUGCUGUUCUUAUGUCCGUCCUCCUCCCUCUCUCUGUCUCUGGCCUCGUCCUCCUCCGUCUCUGCGUGUUCAUACUGUUUGGUGAUAGCAGGCCCGCUCGCGCCCCCUCCCCCCUCCAUGCAGAUCACCCCUCAGCUGCCUCUGAUGGGCUUUGUGGCCCGAGUUCAGGAGACUAUCUCAGACGUGCCGCCUCCGCCUCCACCCGCCGAGGAGCCGGUGUUUGAGGAGCCCACACCUCCUCCUCCACCGCCGGAGGACUACGAGGACGAUGACGAUGAAGAAGAGUCUGCGGUGGUGGAAUACAGUGACCCUUACGCCGAGGAAGACCCGCCCUGGGCCCCACGCAGCUACAUGGAGAAAGUGGUGGCCAUCUACGACUACGCCCGAGACAAGGAGGACGAGCUUUCCUUCCAGGAGGGCGCCAUCAUCUACGUGAUCAAGAAGAACGACGACGGCUGGUUCGAGGGCGUGAUGAACGGAACCACGGGCCUCUUCCCCGGCAACUACGUCGAGUCCAUCAUGCACUACGCCGACUGAACAAUCCCCCCUCUCGCGCAUGACGAGGAAGAGGAGCGGGAGGAGCGUUUGUAUGGGGAAGGGAACGGGGAGGGGAGGGGAGCCAAGGGUUAAAGGUCAAAGACUUUGAUCAGACAGAGCAUGAUCACCUCUGGGCGAAGAGAGAGAGAGAGAGAGGGGGAAGAAGAUGCAGUUUUCAAAGAAGGUGCAACAUGACAAACUGAUGCGCUGUCAUUCUCUCGACACAGGCGCCAUUGUAAAGCAACCACUACUCUAGAUAUAUCCUUCCCUGUAAUAUUUCUUUCUUUGUUUCUUUAUUUGACUGAGGACUGGACGGUGAUGGAUUUAUUGUAGUUUUGUGUUACUUUAUGAGGCCACUACAUCGAUUUGCUUCAUUUUUUUUUGUUUAUUUUACCAUUUUUGCCCUUAUUUUAAAGAUAUUUAUUUGGAUUUCGUAGUGGGAUAAAUGGUGAGAAAGUAGAUGGGGCUGCUGUGAGGGAUUUAGUCGGGUUUUCACAUCACAGCCUCGGAGAAAGGGCUGGAGGAGAAUGCCUUCAUGUGUAGAUUUUCUCCUAAACACUCCAGAGACAUUUUAGAGAAAAAUACUCCUCUCUCUAUAUGAAAUACAAUGCAACAAUAUCCUCGGUGGGGGGAACAAACAGUAGUUUCAGUACUUGACUAAAUAUUUGUUUGGGUACCUCAGCAGAGAGCGUGCCAAAGCUGACGUUCACUAGGAUAAGCACAUCAAAUGUCUUAAGGUGACACACGGAGCGGGAUGAAAAGUGGGUCAGAAAAGACGUACGGAAGCAAACAAGAGUGCUUUAAAGCUUUGCUUAUUUUUAUUUUCAAAUAUUUUGUCCGAGGUUGAACUCAAAGGGGCUUCACUUUGCUGGCCAGUGUGCAUUUUUCGUGAGAAGGAAUUCAGCCCUCGAAUACGAGACGAAAGAUCCUCAGUUGCACAGUGACCUGGAUUUUGAAGUCUGCAGCUCCUGUCAUGAAUAAUAGAAGUAUAUUAGCUCAACUGGCGAGGCUGAUCAUUUGCAGUGUUCAUAUGCAUUUGACUUUUUUUUUUUGCGUUUUACCACGGGGUCCAGAAUCUUGCUUGCAGGGCGGCAGACUGCAUGUUUCGACGAGGAGAAAAAAAACUUUCUGCUCUACUGAUGAUCAAUGUCUUAAUAUUUUUAGAUAUGGUGUGGUUUGGUUUUUGAUAUUCACCCACAACGACGACGAAGAUGCAUUUAGGUCAUUACUAAGAUGCUUGUGCCAUAUUGAAGUGUGUGUUGCUGUUCAGAGGUUAUCACUUCAUUUGCAAUAAAUUGGCCGGAGUGGGGUGGAUAGUCGUUACAAAUCUUUUUCUUUUUUUUUUCCCGGAGUUGUUUUAAAUCAAAAGCACAUACAUUUGUAGUAAAAAAAGGUGUAGAAGAAGAAAUAAUAUAAAUGUGAGAUGUAUUAUGUCCUCAAAACAGGACUUAUGAAUAUGAAAAGAUGCCAGCUGUUGUGUUGAAAUGGUUUUUAACCGUCGCAAGCCCCAGAUACUUCUUAACGCCGUCGGUUUAGGCGUCGGUUGUCCUCCGUACCAAUACGCUUUGGGUGUUUGCGAGGGCUCAGUGCUUGUACUUAUGUCAGAAUCUUUAUUUUCUAUUAAAAAAAAAAAAAGAAAUAAUAACAAGUGGGUCUGUAUGUGAGUCUUGCAUGCCAUUGUUCUUAUCUGUACUGGUGUCCCAAAAACCUACGUGGCGAGAUCACCCAUUAAAAAGACAAGCAGCCCUGCAGCUCUGACCAAGUACCACCAGCCUCAUCCAAAGAGACUGUACGACUUAAUUCAAGCCCACGUCCGAGGAGUCGCUCUCUGACCCGUGGGGGAGGGAGGGAGGGAGAGGAGGGGAGGGACCCGGCUUCCUCCCCUCCAGACAGUAGCCGUCAUUACGUCAGGGGUGAAAAAUCGUGUGUUUUUAAGCUGCUAGUGAAUCCUGUGGACAAAGAAGCAGGCCCGAGUCGAAUGAUACUAAAUGUAACACGCAAGAUUGACAUAACACUCGUAGGAUGACACUAGAAAAAAACAAAAAAACAAAUAAGGCCCUCGGUCUGCAGGAUUCACAGCUCCCUGGAGUCACAGACGUCUCUCGGGAUGUCGAGUUUAACAGUCCAUAAUGCCAUUGUGUUGCACAGUUAAAGUUGAAUUGCAGAAGUAUCAUAUUUGUAAAAUCAUGAGAACAAAGACAAUAAAAUUAUUAAGAUUUAUCAGUGUAGCAA